AUGUACUUCAAAGGGGAGACUGUGGUGGAUGCACAUCCUCCGCUUGGCAGACUAUUUGUAUAUUUUAUUGCAAAGUACAUUCGAAGAAGCAGAGCAAGCGUAGAGGAGUACGAUAGCAAUGUGUACAUAGGGAAGGCGUACACAAACACGAUUAUAUCGGGAGAAUAUACAGCACUCAGAACACUUUCAGCUGUUACAUCUUGCGUAAGUGUGGUUGUAGGGCACGAAAUUCUCACAGAGAUGGGAGUACCGCAAGACAAGGCAUUCUUUGCCUCUCUUCUGCUCCUGUUCGAAGGAGCAAUGUACAGUAUUUUCAGGCUCUUUAUGAUAGACAGCUAUGUUCUGGUUUCGAUCAGCAUUAUCCUUCUUUCUCUUAUGAAAAUGAACAGGCUCAGUUGCACACUGCAGAGGAUGCACAGAAGAACAAAGCAGAAAGUGCAUCCAACUGACCAAAUGGAAGGAACAAGAGCAGCAGCAGCAAAGAGUGCUCAAGGAAUAGACAUUUGCACUAUUUCGAUAAAAAAAGACAAUUCAAAGACAAAAAAGAUCGAAGAUAGCAACAUAUCCUGCACAGAUAGAAAGAGCAGAGAAGACAGCAGAAAAAGAGAAGGAAUGAAGAGAAAGAGUCCCCUGAGACUUUAUAUACAAUGUAUGCUGUGGGCUGCUGUUCUGUCUGUAUCUCUGGGCAUAGGAGCCAGUUUCAAGUGGGCAGUCCUUCCCAUGGGGGUGCCCAUAGGAGUGUAUUUACUGGCUGAUUUAAUCCGAUCGAAGAGAGAAAGUGCAAAAAAGAUAAAGCUUCUUCUUCCUGUGCUCCAAGGGACGCUAAUACUCUCCAUCUCUUUUUUAAUAUACAUGGGAGUGUUUGUGGCUAACUUUCAGGUUCAGAAUAGCUUCACAAGUAAAACCAACUUCUGGUACUCUCUGAGGUACAACGCAGCCCUCAAGAACUCGCCAUAUGCCGCGUACAAAAGAGUGCAAAUACCGCGCAAUGGCUCUGUGCAGAUAGCUGAUCUCAGCAUGAGCCAGUUUAUAACGGUAAAUGAAAAAACCUUAUCAGUCACCAAGAGCGCAGAUGCAUCCACAGAAUGGACAGUGAGGCCUGUUGAAACAAUGGAGUACAACAGGCCUGUGCAUAUACAGCACAACUCUGGUCUUUAUCUCAGCGGAGAAGAGAGCUCAUUUCUCUCCGAAGCUCCUUCUGUUCUGCAGAUAGAAGAAGCCGCAGAUGGAGUGGGAAUAAAAAACAAAAAUGGAAAUUAUUUGUACCUCAGUGAAAGAGAAGGAGGAAGGUGGAGGGAUGCCUCGCACUCUCUUCUUCUUCUCUGUUCGCACAAAAAGAGCAGUGCUCCCCCAGAGCCAAAUGGCCAUCCCAUCUACUCCUCUGCAAUUCGGCCAAGUAAUUACAUGGAGAUGUUCGUAGAAAGCAACAAAGUGAUAUUUAAGUGCAAUAGCACACUGAACGGAAACCACAAGUACAAGUCACAUCCCAGCACGUGGCUGUAUAAACUGAGCCCAAUCCACCUGUGGAGUGGCGCAGUGGGUGAGACAGCUUCCAAAGACAAGCACGAAGCAACUUCGCAGAUGUUUUUCCUUCCCAAUCCAAUCAUCUUGUUUCUGUCUUUUUUAUCGUUAUUUUUGUACACUGGGCUAAUUUUAACAACUAAAUUAAAAAAUGCUCUAGCGCAUGUGCUGCUCCUCUCCGCAUACCUCUCCAACUAUCUUCCGUACUUCCUUCUGAGCAGAGAUACAUACGCACACCACUACAUUCCGUCGUAUUACGUGUCUAUUCUGGUGCUAGGAUGCAUAUUGGGAAAAGCAGAUAGCAGAAAUAUUUUCAUAUCUACGGUAUUUUUGGCAGGAGCCUUUUUUAUGGGGCAGCUGCCCGUUCUCACCGGGGGAACGCCUUCGUACGAAAGGUGCACGGGGGCAUUUGCGUGCACAGGGGCAUCGUCUGUGUGCGAGGUAUUUGACUCAGUUUUUGAAUAA